GUUUGACAGCAAAGAGUACAGUAAUUUUGACAGUCAAUUAAAAUAAAUAUCAUUGAAUCAGGAUUAUUUAUUUAGAUAAAUUUUUUUGACAAUGUCCGAGGAACAAUCUAGGAAACGAAAAAUAUCAGGGGAUAAUAAUGUAUCAGAUACAUUAGAGCCUGCAGCAAAAGCUUUACACAUUCAAUGCCCAUAUUUAGAUACUAUUAAUAGGCAUGUGUUAGACUUUGAUUUUGAAAAACUUUGUUCAGUCAGUUUAACUAGGAUCAAUGUGUAUGCCUGUCUUGUGUGUGGAAAAUAUUUCCAGGGCAGAGGAACUAAUACACAUGCAUAUACUCACUCUGUAGCUGAGAGCCACCAUGUAUUUCUUAACUUGCAUACUUUAAAGUUUUAUUGUUUGCCAGAUAAUUAUGAAGUUAUUGAUUCUUCUCUGAAUGAUAUUAAGUAUGUGCUCAAUCCAAUCUUCAGUCUGGAGCAAAUCAAACAGCUAGAUACAAACACAAAGAUGUCACGAGCCAUUGAUGGAACCAUGUACAUGCCUGGCAUUGUUGGACUCAAUAACAUUAAAGCAAACGACUAUUGUAAUGUUAUCUUACAGUGCUUAUCACAAGUGAGACCACUUCGGAAUUAUUUUCUUCGUGAGGAAAAUUAUGCUAAUGUGAAAAGGCCACCUGGGGACUCCUCGUUCCUGCUGGUUCAGAGAUUUGGUGAAUUGCUUCGUAAAUUGUGGAAUCCACGAGCAUUCAAAGCCCAUGUGUCACCUCAUGAAAUGCUGCAAGCAGUGGUUCUAUGGUCAAAAAAACGUUUCCAGUUCAUAAAACAGAGUGAUCCCAUUGACUUUUUAUCCUGGUUUCUAAAUUCUUUACAUAUGGCAUUAAAUGGGACAAAGAAAGCUAAUAGUUCAAUAAUCUAUAAAUCAUUUCUGGGUCAUAUGAGAAUAUAUACAAGAAAAUUACCACCACCAGAUGCAGAUGAUGCUGCAAAAGUAGAUUUAAACAGUGAAGAAUACAGUGAAAUGAUCACUGAAUCACCAUUUUUGUAUCUGACUUGUGACUUACCACCAACACCACUCUUUACUGAUGAAUUUAGAGAGAAUAUAAUUCCUCAGGUAAAUCUCUAUCAACUACUGUCAAAGUUUAAUGGACAAAGUUCUAAGGAAUAUAAAACUUAUAAAGAGAACUUUCUGAAGAGAUUUGAAAUCACUCAGUUACCACCUUAUUUGAUUUUAUAUAUAAAAAGGUUUACGAAGAAUACAUUUUUUGUUGAAAAGAACCCUACUGUUGUUAAUUUCCCAGUCAAAAAUGUUGAUUUUGGGGAUAUUUUGACAGCAGAAAUAAAGGCAAAGCAUAAAGGGAGGACAACUUACGAGUUAGUUGGGAACAUCGUACACGAUGGCACUCCAGAGAAGGGUACAUACAGAGCACAUGUAUUGCACAAACCAACACAACAGUGGUAUGAAAUGCAAGAUCUUCAUGUAACAAGUAUACUACCACAAAUGAUCACGCUUACAGAAGCAUAUAUCCAAAUAUAUGAACUAAAUCAAGAUUGAUUCACUAUGUUUAGAAUUAUAAUUAAAACUAGGAAAUACUGCC